AUGGUGCGCGACAAGCUACGCAUGGCGCUUCACAACAGCGUGGCCAUUGCGGCCGCGUUCACGCGCGACCCUCGGCUAGACGGGUACGAGCUCAGCAGUGAGGACGAUGAGGAGUACGACAGCAGCGACGACGGCGGCCGCAGCAGCGGAAGCAGCAGCAGCAGCGGAGGCGGCAGCUUGAGUGAUGCCUGGAGCAUCCUCAGUGGUGGUGGCAGCAGCAGAGGUGGCGGCGGCCUGGAGUGGCCGGAGCCCUUGGCGCAGCUAGGCAGCAGCCUGUGGGGGCCGCGGCCGCCACCGCGGCUGGUGGGGUUUGUGCGGGCAUCUGGAGACUAUUCGCUGGUGGCCACGGUGCAUGAUGUUAUCGUCCAUCCAGAGCUGCAAGGCUUUGGCAUAGGGCCGCGGCUGCUUAAGAAAGUCGUCACACAGGUCACCACUCACGAGGUAUACGACGUAGGCUUGGUGACGCCCUGCGAGCUGCAGCCCUUCUUCAGCGGGUGCAGCUUUGAGCCGGACCGCGAGGAGAGCGUGCCGAUGGCGUUUGCGGGGUUGGUGGGCGACGGGUUGGGGGAGACGCGGCGGGUGGCGGCGAACACCAACCUCAAGCGGCUGCUGCAGGAUGUCUAG